GCGUUACCGAGCUGUGAUUCGUUAUACAAACAAUAUGGCGGCGCCCAGGUACACGAGAACGUGAUAGCUAACUGAGUUCGUGCAAACAGUCAAACAACUCUUUUACAUAUUUCAACCCUGAGAUUUGAAGAUCAAGUGGCAUCAUGGAAGGUGUUUUAGCCCAAAGAUUGUGCUCGAAAUAUAUGCACCGUUUGUUUAAUUCCACUCGAAAUUUUUCCAGAUUACACUAUUGCUCAAGAAUGCCAGUGCAACGGACUUUAUACACAAGAAACACAAGCCUUUUAAAGAGAACACAACUGAAACCAUCCCAGAACGAGAUACGGGGGGCAGCCACUCGGCCAGCAGGAAAUAAAAAUGUUGCCUGGGCAGUGACGCUGGCGUUGACUGGUGUGGGUGGCAUCGCUUACUAUGUGAUAGAUAACAUGGCUCAGAAAAGCAAAAAAGUUAAAAUUAAGCAAGAGACUCAGGUUGUCGGGAAAAUAGAAAUAGGAGGGAAGCCCUGGACACUCACUGACCACAACGGUGUGACCAGGACGGACAAGGACUUUGAGGGUCAGUGGGUGUUGUUCUACUUUGGUUUUACACACUGUCCAGAUGUGUGCCCAGAGGAGCUGGACAAGUUGGCCAAAGUAGAGGCGGUGUUCCGUCAAAGGAACGACCUCCCGAGCAUACAGCUACUGUUUGUGACCCUUGACCCUGAGCGGGACACACCAAAAGCUAUUAAGAAAUAUUGUAAAGAGUUUUCGCCGACAUUGCUUGGUUUAACUGGAACUGCAGAACAGCUUGAAAGUAUGAGGAAAAUCUACAGAAUCUUCUUUUCUACCGGACCAGUAGAUGACAGUGGAGAUUAUCUAAUUGACCACGCCAUCAUAAGCUACCUGGUGCGACCAGAUGGAUCAUUUGCAGACUAUUACCCAAAGCGAGUGGAUAAAAAGACUAUGGUCCAACAAAUUGAAAUAAAGAUGAAAAGAUAUGAAAAAGAGAAGAAAAAGGAAUAACAUAAAUUUUGUUAAAAACAAUAAGAAAAAUCACUUCAUUGACCUGCAUAAUUAUCUGAUUUUAAUUUCAAUUGAAUAGCAUACCACAUUUUGAACCAGACUGAUUUAAACAUAUAUAAAAAAGGAGGAUAAUUCAAUUCUGUAAAGCUUUCAGCUGUUGAUAGAAAUAGUUUAGAUAUCAGCUGUUCAUUGUUCUCAAGUCUAUUUGUUUUGGCUAGAAUUUGGAAGAUAUUUUGAUAUGGUGGUACUAUCUUUCUGUACUUUAUGAUACUAAGCUGUGCUCAGGUACAUGUACAUUACUUAUUGGUACAAUGGACCUCCUCCAUGAGAGAGUGAACUUGUGUUGAGAUCUGUGUACAACUGUACAUGACAAUUUCCAAGAGCUUUCAUUUCUUGUUCGUAGUUUCAACAUUUAAAUGCAUCUAUUGCUUGAAAAGUAUUAGAUAUCUGAAGUUAGGUGUGUGAGAUAUGUACAUGUGUGUUAAUCAGGAGCUUUCUACUGUAGUAUAUAAUAUAUUGAUUAUUUAGACAAUUGGUAAUACUUGUGAUAAUAAAUAUUUCUACUUAUAUAUGACUACACUG